CCGAUGAGAUCCCACGUAUUUGGACUUCAACAAAGCUAUCUUCCCAUUUGUUUGCAUCGGUUGAGCAUGCUCUUACCGUCCGAAUCCCUUCUGGCAUACCUGCGAACGUCUGUGAAUACCGCCUUUACCUCCUGUAGAAUCAACCGUCGAAGUCAAAAAUGUCGUCAUUCGCACGGUCUGCCACCUCACGGCAUUCGUCGCAAAAGGGUCAUACUCGGCAUGUCAGGCGGUGUUGAUUCCAGUGUGUCAGCGUACAUGCUCUUGAAGGAAGGGUACGAGGUAGAAGGAGUUUACAUGCGCAACUGGGAUGAGCGAGACGAGAACGGCGUCUGUCCGUCGGAGGAGGACUGGAAGGACGUUCUGAGAGUUUGCGAUAAGUUGGGAAUAAAGUCUCAUCGGGUGGAUUUCUCAAAGGAAUACUGGAUAAAUGUCUUUGAUGCCUUCCUGGAGAAUCUGGCUAUGGGUCGGACGCCCAACCCAGAUAUAGCGUGCAAUCGUGAGAUAAAGUUUGGCUCCUUCUUUGAUCGGUUCAUACGACGCGAAAACAGUGGAGAAAUCAAACUAGGGACAACAGCAUUGGAGUCUGUGGGAAAUGACCAAUGCGCCCAAAGCCGAUCAUUGGAAAAGUCUAUAAAGGCUGAUGCUGAUUUAAUUGCGACUGGUCACUAUGCACGGCUCCACCACUUGCCGGAUGGCCGUGCUCUGCUUCUGAGAGCAAUCGACAAGACAAAAGACCAGACCUACUACCUCUCGACUGUCCCUUCCACUGCCCUUCAACGCACACUUUUUCCAAUUGGCGCCUACUUAAAGUCAACCGUUAAGCGCAUCGCCGCGGAGGCUGGUCUUCACACAGCUGUGAAGCGAGAAAGUAUGGGGAUAUGCUUUGUAGGAAAGAGGAAUUUUGGUGAUUUUAUUGAUGACUAUUUGGUUCAGCCACAUGGCGCGUUCGUGUCGGUCGAUGGAGAGGUCAAAGGGGAACACAGAGGUAUCUCGAGGUACACCAUUGGGCAGCGAGCCAGAAUACCCGGGGAGGUCGAGAAAUGGUACGUUGCAGAGAAAGACCCCAAGAGAAACAUAAUCUAUAUCGCAUCCGGCAGAUCACACCCGGCUUUAUGCCGUCGUUCCCUAGGGGUCAAGAAUUGGCACUGGGUAUCUGGAGAGGAGCCAGUGGAGCUGUACUCACAGGGUAGCAUCAGGUUUGCUGUAAAGUAUCGGUAUCGCAUGGAUCCAGUUCCAUGCAUGAUGCAAAGAAGUGAAGAAUCACAAGGUGGAUAUGACAUUACUUUGGAUGAACCUCAAAAUGGGUUAGCAAUGGGCCAGCAUGUCGUAGCGUAUGUAGGUGAUAUCUGUCUGGGUGGUGGAACCAUCGAAAGGUUGGGUAAAUGGAUGUACGAUAAAGAAUUGCCAGCUAUCUAACUAGAAGAGUGCCCAUAAUCUACCAUAGCAAGCAUUGGAAUUGCCAGCUGUAAUGUCAGCGUAAUCUCGAUCGUCACGUGAUCCGCGUCAUGUCAUCACCAA